AUAUACGUCUAUAUCAACAAUAUUAUUAUCGCUAAUAAGAAUAUAGAGGAGCACUUUAAGUAUAUUAAGACGGUUCUCGAUAUCUUCGACAAGGUAUAUAUUUAUAUUUCGAUAGAAAAAUCCUUUAUAGCCUAUCCGUUAGUGAGACUGCUUAGCUAUAUAGUCAAUGGCGAAGGAGUGGCUAAGACGGACGAUAGGAUCGCUAUAUUUAAGAAAUUCAAGUUCCCCGAUACCUUCGAGACCUUAGAGUAG